GAGAGAGAGAGAGAGAGAGAGAGAGAGAGAGAGAGAGAGAGAGAGAGAGAGAGCAUAGUUACUUCUGGAUAUGGCGGCAGCUUCUGAAACUGAGAGCCCAUCACCUAAAAUAUUUAUUCCUGAGGAAUGGGCUGCCGCAGCCGAGGCCAUAGCCUGCGGGUCAGCUGCACUUCCUAUCACCUUUGUCUGCGGUCCCAAGAAUAGCGGCAAAACUACUUUCUCACGCCACCUCCUCAAUGUUCUUCUCCAGAGGCACAAAAAAGUGGCUUACCUUGAUACUGAUGUUGGGCAGACAGAGUUUACUCCUCCUGGUCUCUUAUCACUCACUGUUAUCGACAAAAUAACUCCAGAUUUGACAAUUCCAUGCUUGAAAACUCCUGAAAGAUGCUUUUUCUUUGGCGACAUCUCCUCAAAAAGGGACCCAACUACCUAUUUGGCUUACAUAUUUUCCCUGUAUGACCAUUACUUGGAAGAAUACGGCACGAGUAACAAGACAGAAUUCCAGGGUGUUGCUGGCGUGUCACUUGUCAUAAAUACCCCUGGCUGGGUAAAAGGUAUUGGUUAUGAAAUACUGGUGGACAUGCUAAAAUAUAUGUCUCCUACCCAUGUGGUUAAGAUUGGGAUAUCUGCUCGGAGCAAGAACUUACCCGCUGGUGCAUUUUGGUUGAAGGAGGGGGAUACUGAUACUGCGACUGUCGUUGAGAUCAAUGCUGCUCUUCAGGACCAUUUGAAGAGAUCGGUGCUGGUACAAAAGGAUGCACGCCUUCUACGAGAUUUGCGUGUAAUGGCAUACUUCAGGCAGUGCUUUCCCAGUGAUAUGACUAUCUCCACAAUCAAAGAACUUGCUCGUUCAUUAGCUGCUCACCCUCCCUAUGAAAUUUCCAUAUCAAGUAUCAAAAUUAAACACCUCCAUUGCCAGGUCCCACCAGCUGAAACUUUCUACAGUUUGAAUGCAACUAUCGUUGGUCUGGCAGUCAGUUCAGCAUCUGAUCAGUGGCCUCAUUGUGUUGGCUUGGGGAUUGUGAGAGGCAUCGAUACUUUUAGAGGCGUGCUCCAUAUUAUAACCCCUGUUCCACAGCAGACUCUGGAGGAUGUUGAUCUGUUACUUCAGGGCUUUAUUCAAAUCCCAACUUCUUUACUGCAGGUACAAGGCUGCGUUUCUCCUUACAUGUCUGCAAAUGUACUCUCUACUAACUAGGAGAUGGACAUGUCUCAACAACUGAAGACUCAUCAGUACAGCUAUCCAUCUGCAGGGCAGUAUUUCUUGUACUAAGAACAUAUGUUUAUACUUUCAAAGUACUAACAUGUUGUCGGGAAAGAGAGACGUUCAUGCUAAAUAGCCUUCAUUUUUGCAGCUAAAAUCGUGUUCAAACUCUGCAUUAUGCAAUGACCAACUAAUUUAUUUCUUGGGA